CGGAGAGCUGCCGUCGGAGGAGCCGGCUGAAGAGAAAGGUAGCAGCCACGAGGAGUUGUAGACUGGCCUUUCUGCGAACUGAUCUCGGAGAUCCCACCACAACCUUCAGCAACCCCUAUGGCUCCUCCAGUUGCCUCUCUUAUCACCUCUGAUAGUUACCCUUACAUCUACCCUAAGAUCGCAGCUCUCGCCAUUGUUGUUGGUCUGCUGUUGAUUUUGAUCCGACGCAGCACUCCGGGACAGCGGGAAAAGGCUGAGAGAAGUGUUGUCUAAAGAAGAAAUGGCAGCUCCGCCAAGCAGCAACAGAUUCUUACUCUGUAGUUUACCACGAUAAUCCAUGAACCAGUGUAGU